AUGGGUGUUAUCCAUGUGGACUUUGACAAGGUAUUCGCUGAGACAUCCAACUCCCAGGAGAGGUUAGCAGUGAAACUGAAAAUGCAGGCGACAUGUGUGGUGGUUUCAAAAUUGGCUGGGGAAGCCAGCAGAGUGAGGGUCUCAAGGAUAGCGCCUCUGAGCGAGCUUGUGGUGUUCCAGCUCUGUAGCUGGGCACAUGAGGGUGGAAGUUCUCUGGAAGUUCUCGCGUUCUUCACCUCUCACUGUGGAUACAUGCUGUGUCUGCGGCUCUACCUCAACGGGGAUGGUGUUGGAGCAAACACUCAUCUCUCGCUCUUCCUGGUCAUAAUGAAGGGAAGGUACGACGCCAUUUUGGAAUGGCCCUUCAGCAAGAAGGUCACCUUCCGACUGCUGGAUCAGAGCGCCAGGCGCCAGCAUACAGUGACAGCCUUCAAACCAGACAUCGGCUCUGCCUCCUUCCAUAGGCCCGUCCAGGCCAUGAACGUUGCCAGUGGCUGCCCCGAGUUCCUGCCCCUUGCCCAGCUCCACGCCAACUGGCACAGUUAUGUCACCAACGAUGUCAUGUUCAUAAAGGCCAGCGUGGACACUUAGGGGGAACA